AUGAAGGACCCAUCUAAGGACUCGACCCUGGACGAUGAAUGUCACGAUGCGAUCCGGAAUUUCAUCGAAGAUCUUUCUAAGGAUGAAACAUCUUUGUUUGAAGCUACUACUCAGUCACAGCAGCUGAUCGAUGAUCUGAAGAGUGUCGAUGAGAGAUCCAAGAGUAGUAUUUCGAGAAAGAUCGCGCCGAAAUUGAGUGCUUUUGUAGCGGGUGUUGAGCAGUUUGGUGGGGCUUUGGAUGUAAUUGCUGGCUCUGUCUCGUUGAUGAGUCCCAUUUGGGCUUCUGUACGAGUCGUCCUCAAGAUUGCAGGAGACUAUGGCGAAUACUUUGAUAAGAUAUCGGAUAUGUUAGAAGAAAUCGGAUACAUUCUCUCUUGUCUACGCCGAUAUCCACGAUUAUAUCCCGACAAUGAGAUUCUCAGGGACUCAAUGGUAGACAUAUUCCAAUCUAUCAUUCAAUUCUGCUCCAAGGCCCGAGAUGUAUUCCACCAAGGAAAAAAAUACCAAAGCGGACUACGAGCAUUAAACCCCGUCGGUCUACACGCAGCAUGGAAACUCAUCUGGAAACCAUUCAAAAUGCAAUUCGGCAGCAUAGUCGCUCAAAUUCGAUCUUGUAUGGUCAAAAUCGACCACGAAGUUGACGUUGCCGAAAAAGAACUCGCAUAUAAAGAGAGAACAAAAGCAGAUCAUGAACGACAACUACAGACAUCUCGCUGGGAUGCGAUGGAAUCGCAUCAAAAGACUGUUGCGCAGUUCAUUGAUGCACAACGAAUUGAUAGUAUGACACAUUGGUUAUCACCUGUUAAUGCAGCUUCGAAUCAUAAUUCGGCGACGAAGCUGCGUUAUAAGGGGACAGGAUUGUGGUUCUUGGAUGGUUUGAAGUUUCAAGAUUUGGUGGCUCUGCAUAACGCGUUCUUGUGGUUGUAUGCCAUACCUGGCGCGGGAAAGACGAUUCUCGCAUCAACUGUUAUUGAGUGGCUGCGCGAACACAAACAGAGUAGUACAGUUGGCUUGGCCUAUUUUUACUGUGACUAUAAGGACAAACAGAAGCAGUCACCGACACGGAUUCUCAGCACGCUAUUGUCGAUGCUUGCCUCGCGGAAUGAUGAGGUUUUUGAGCGAAUACAGGAAUUCUUCGAGCGGCAGUUGAAGGAGAAUCCAGCUUAUACUCCGGAGUUUGAUGAGCUUCUAAACAAUUUCAGUCAAUUCUUGGGCGAUAGUUUUGAGAAGAUCUAUAUUGUUGUGGAUGCUUUGGAUGAAAGUGAAGAUAGAGAAUGUGUUGCACACGCCUUGAAGACCAUCUCCGAGACUUGCCAAUAUUCAAAUAUUUUCGUCACCAGUCGCCAUGAAAUUGAUAUUGCGCGGACAUAUGAGGGUCUACCUAGCACAACUAUUGAGGCAACAGAUGUAGCUGGGGACAUUGAUCUAUAUGUGAAAGCAGAAGUGGUGGAGAAAAUCAAGACUCGAAAGCUGAAGCUAAGAGAUCCGGCAUUGGCAGAUAUUAUUUGUGAGACGCUAAUCAAGGGAUCGCAGGGCAUGUUUCAAUGGGUGAAAUGCCAGAUUGAUCAAUUAUGCAAGCUUCGCAAUGAUAAAGCUGUGCGGAAUGCGCUUGAUGAUCUCCCGAAAACACUCCAUGACACAUAUAUUCGGAUUCUGCAGAAGGUGGAGGCUGAAAAUUCUGAGGAUGUCGAGAUGGUUCACCGGUUGCUGAAAUGGCUAGUUCGAGGAGUUCGAAAUCUCACACUGGAAGAGUUGGCAGAGUGUGUGAGCAUUAAUCUGAGCGAACCUGAAGACUCGUUCGAUUUCGAUGCGGUGUUCACUGAUGCAGAAGAUGUUCUCGAGCUUUGUGGGAGUCUAGUCACGCUCACGCCCGAUGGUUUUGUCUCCUUGGCCCACUAUACGGUUAAGGAGUUCUUAGAAUCGAGCUCUAUCAAGGAUACAAUGCCGCAAUUCUGGAUUGGGAACAGCGAGGUCCACACUGAAUUAGCGAGUGUCUGUCUGACUUAUUUGACAUAUGAUAACUUUUCAGGAACUGAAGAGGAAUCCGGACGGGAUUUAAUGCAGACAUUCAACGAGUAUAAGUUUUUGCCAUAUGCCGUGCAGGCAUGGGGAUUCCAUGCACAUCUUAGCGAUAUCAGUGAAGACUUAUUUGAUUUGACCAUGCGUUUACUGGAAUCUGGAGAAGAGUCUGGCAGCAGCUACAGUGCAUGGUGUCACAUCUACUUUUACCUGCAGAAGAUCCCGCGCUAUCGACUGAGCACUUCAAGGGGUUCUCCUCUCUACUUUGCAAGCUUGUUCGGGUUACCCCAAGCUGUCUCAGCCUUACUUGAGGCGCAACCAGAUGCCCACGAAGAAGAACCAAUGAGAGCAAGUGCCCAUGCCGGACAUGACGAGGUUCUUAAAGUUUACUUGGACACACGACCAUCAAUAAACCCGAGCAUCCUCGAAAAAUGUCUUUGUAUAGCUGCAAACCAUGGACAUGACCGUGUAGCUCGGCUUUUGCUCGAAAAAGGAGCGAACCCGAACUCGCGUGCAGGGCACAAUGGCAGUCCUCUCCAAAUUGCUUCUUUAAAUGGUCGACAUCACGUUGUCACGCUUCUUCUCGAUCAUAACGCAGACAUGAACGUGUUUAACCAGAGAUACGGUACUCCUCUCGCCGCAGCCGCUGAAAAGGGACACCUUCAAACAUUCAAAAUACUCCUCGAUCGUGGCGCCAGCGUAAAUGGCCGCGGUGGCUGGUAUGCAAAUCCACUUGUAUCUGCAAUUGUUGGCCGGAACAUGCAAAUUAUCGAUACUUUGAUUCAACGCGGAGCUGAUGUGAAUGCCCUGGGUGGUCGACAUGGAUGCGCAUUGAUGGCGGCCUCUUCUAUGGGUAUGCUGGAUUUGAUUCGCUCUCUAGUCUCGCAUGGAGCACGAGUCAAUGAUGAGAAUGACAAGGGAACCGAUGGCUUAUAUGCGGCCAGUAUUGCGGGGCAAUUGGAUGCUGUGAAGCUUCUUCUUGAGCUUGGAGCUGAUGUCAAUGCGAAGGGAGGAAAACACCGCAAUGCACUUAAUGCCGCUAGUGCUGAAGGUCAUGUCAAAAUAGUUGAAUGUCUUCUUGAUGCUGGGGCGGAUGUGGAUUUCUUCGACGUUCACUACGGGAACAGUGUACAGAUCGCUGCAUAUUCUGGGCGCACGGAUGUAGUACGUGUCUUGGCAGAGGCAGGUGUUAAUGUCAAUGCCGACGGUGGAGAUAGAGGUACUGCUCUAGUUUCUGCUGCUCAGAAUGGCCAUGUGGAAAUGAUUCAGCUUCUAUGUGAAGUAGGAGUUCCCACUGGGGAUACAGUCGAUAUGAGCGAUGCUAUCAUGGUAGCUGCAAGCAAGGGACACAUUGAUGCAGUGAGAGUCCUACAUGAGAAAGGAGCAGCUCUUGACGAUUGCAGCACAAUGGCCACAUAUCCGUGUUCCACACCAUUAGAAGCUGCAGCUGCUAAGGGGAGCAUCGAAAUGGUACGCCUUCUACUCGAGCUUGGGGCAGAUGUGAACUUUACAAACAAAGAGAAGUAUGGGACUGCGCUCAUAGCGGCUUCUCAUGGAGGUGAAUCAAGCAUCGCAGUUGCAAUUGCAGAGCUAUUGCUUGAUGCCGGGGCAUAUGUUAAUGCCACUGCAAGAACCACCGACAAAAUCUUUUGUGCUCUGAUGGGUGCUCUCACGAAUGAAAACUAUGAUCUCUGCGUGACUCUUCUCGAACGUGGCGCAAAUGUGAACAUCAGCUAUCGAUCUUAUCCCACACCUCUGAGAACAGCAAUGACCUGUUCUGAUGACAGAUUUGUGGAAUUGCUCCUCGACCACGGCGCUAAUAUCAAUCUUGGAUCUGAUUCUACAGAGAACAAAUCAAAUGACGGGUCAGACGAUGAUUCUGCAGAUGACUCCGAUGACGACUCCGAUGACGAUUCCGAUGAUUCUUCCGAUGACGACUCGGACAAAGACUCUGACGAUGAUUCCGAUGAUGGGUGUGUGACAGCUCUUCAGACUGCAGUAUAUCACGGAUCUAAUGAAAUGGUUCGAAAAUUGAUUGAAAGGGGUGCACAUCUUUCGGUGGAUACCGACGAUGCCAAAUUCUCUUCUGCAUUGCAAGUCGCUUCCUUCCGGGGAGACUCGGAUAAAAUACAUAUCCUGCUAGAUGCAGGGAGCGACGUGAAUCAAUCUGGAGGCACACAUGGCACGUGCUUACAAGCUGCUGCAUAUAAAGGCCACUUUGAAGCCGUCAAGGCAUUGAUCGAUGCCGGCGCGAACGUAAAGGAAAGUCAACUUGGAAGCAAUGGCAGCGCGUUGGUAGCAUCCAUUGAUGGGCAAGAGGAGGGAAAUCUCGAAAUAAUAAAACUUCUCAUUGAACGGGGAGCAGAUGUCAAUGAAGCCGUUGGGCCUGACUAUGAAUACCCGCUCACAGCAGCUGCCUUUUACGGCCUUGUCGAUAUAAUAGAGGUACUGGUUGAGGCUGGAGCCAAUGUGAACAAUAAUGGAGGCAUAUACGGUACUGCCCUUCAAGCGGCGGCUUCCUGGGGCAAAGAAAAUGCUUGUGUUCUCUUGCUCGAACACGGGGCAGAUCCUGAUAUUGUGGGAGGCAAGUACGGUACAGCAUUGCAAGCCGCAUAUACAGAGGGAUACUACGUGGUCAUUGAUGAGCUGUUUAAGGCCGGUGCUUCUGUUAAUAUUCAAUGCGGGCAGUACGGAACAGCUUUGGGUGCUGCAAUUGGAGCCUCCUGUGCGACUUUAGUUUCCAAUCUUCUUCGAUACCACGGUGCUAAUCCGAAUGUCCCGAUUCGGAAAUAUGGCUGGCCACUUCAGCAGUCUAUCAUUUUUCGAACCGGUGUUGAUUCUACCAUGGACAUAUUGCUUGAUGUUGGGGCAGAUGUAAAUGCCCGAGGCGGCGUGUAUGGGAAUGCAUUAAUAUGUGCAGCUGCGCAUGGAGAAGAAGAAACCGUUCUCACGCUCUUGGACGCAGGUGCAAAUAUUAACCUGGAGGGAAAUAGCUCUUACCCCUCAGCAGUACAUGCGGCAAUCAAGAACGGCCAUCUAGCCACGCUCAAACUUCUAGUUGAAAAGGGAGCUGAUCUCAGUUCUAUGAAUGAUCGAUAUAGCUCACCCGUGGAGUUUGCUGCACGAAAACUUGAUUUCUCCAUAUUCUCCUACCUACUCAAGCGAGGUGCAGAUAUCAAUCCUACCGGUAAAGGUAAAUACCACAACGCACUGCAAGCAGCCAGUGUCAAUGGGAACAAGGCUGUUAUCAAAGCUCUCCUUCGUCACAGGUUUAAUAUCAAUACCAUUGGCGGGAAAUUCGGAACUGCGCUGACAGCUGCUAUCCUUCACGGCAAUAUUGAAAUUGCAGAGCUGCUGUUAAAAAGAGGUAUCAAUCCAAAUGGUCCAGGUGGCAUUUACUCCGGUGCAUUGCAAGCAGCAGCAGCCACUGGAUCCCUUCCUAGUACUCUGCUGCUACUUCGAUAUGGCGCAGAUAUUCAUAAGAUUGGCGGGAAGUAUCAUACUGUCUUGCAGGCUGCUGCUGUCAGUGGAAACAGUGACUUGCUUCACCUGCUCCUUGAACGUGGGGCUAAGGUGGAAGUACUUGGUGGCCAUUAUUUUUCUGCGUUGCAUGCAGCGGCGCUUGUAUCUUGGCCGGAUGGCUGUGAGACUUUGAUGAAGAAUGGAGCGGAAUGGAGCUUGGUGGAUCGUAAGUUGAAUCAUAUUGCCGAUUGGAGGUAUGAAACUGCUACUGGGAAUUUGGAAGAGUGUCGGGACCGCCAGGAGCGUGGAUGGCCAGAGUCAGAUAAUGAAUGGGAGGACGACGAUGAGGAAGAGGAAGAGGAAGAUGAAGAUGAGGAGGACAAGGCAGAUAUGACACUCAAGCUCAACGUGGAGGCCAUCCCACUUUUUGACCUCCCAUAUCGUCCUUCAACACCUAAGAAUGGUAAAUUCACCACAGAUGGUGUCUUUGUUGUCAAACAUUGCAGGAAAUUCAUAUCAAGGACGAAGAACAAAAAGCCUGAGGCCGAGUUCCCCCUUCAACGGAGUGGUACAACCGAAUGGGCCCUAGAUUGGGUGCAGGUUGAAUAUGGAAAAGAUGACUCGGACUAA